AUGCCGAGUGCGAGGCCGUGCCGGGCAUCAAUACGGACGAGCCCAUCGUGUACGACUCCAGCUGCCCCGGCCUGUGCUGCUUCGAGGACCAGCCGUGCAGGUACAACAACACGGCCGUGCAGGUACAACACCACGGGCUGCUACUCCGCAGCCUUGGCGCAGCAGAAGGUGAGGACGACGCCCACGAACGAUGCCGAGUGCGAGGCCGUGCCGGGCAUCAAUACGGACGAGCCCAUCGUGUACGACUCCAGCUGCCCCGGCCUGUGCUGCUUCGAGGACCAGCCGUGCAGGUACAACACCACGGGCUGCUACUCCGCAGCCUUGGCGCAGCAGAAGGUGAGGACGACGCCCACGAACGAUGCCGAGUGCGAGGCCGUUCCGGGCAUCAAUACGGACCAGCCCAUCGUGUACGACUCCAGCUGCCCUGGCCUGUGCUGCUUCGAGGAUCAGCCGUGCAGGUACAACACCACGGGCUGCUACUCCGCAGCCUUGGCGCAGCAGAAGGUGAGGACGACGCCCACGAACGAUGCCGAGUGCGAGGCCGUGCCGGGCAUCAAUACGGACGAGCCCAUCGUGUACGACUCCAGCUGCCCCGGCUGUGCUGCUUCGAGGACCAGCCGUGCAGGUACAACACCACGGGCUGCUACUCCGCAGCCUUGGCGCAGCAGAAGGUGA